AUGGGUCGUAGACUCGAGGUUUCGAAACCGGCGCGCGUGUCGCGAUACGAGAAAGAUCCGCGGCGCGGCGCACCUCCGCGUGUGUUUAAGUGCAUGUCUGAAAUGUCUGAAGCACGCCACCCAACGGGGAGUUGGGUUAUCCUGAUAUCGCCUAACGAGGUGAGCUCGCGGUUCAAGGGUCAAUUAGGCCGACCAGGAGAGCGGACCGUCGGCGUUGGCGCUCGCCCUAAUUGCAUGCGAGAUAUCAAGGUGCCGAUGCCGCUUCGAACUUUGGACCACUACGUUUUAUUCCAU